CCGUUUGUUUUGGACUUAGUACGCACUCGCUGCAGUCUCUCCUCUGCUUCUCCGGUCGCGAAGAAGACGAUAUGAAACGAAACAGAGCAGAGGUCGCGCCAAAUUUCGAGGUUCUUCCCGCAGAUCCCGCCAAGGCCCAGCGGCGGACUCAGGACUCGGCGGUCCACAGUACGGGAACGAGGGCGAGGAAGGCCGCGGCGGUGUCGACGGAGAAGCCACGUGAAGCUCGCGGAGAAGACGAAAGUCUGGCCAGCGGCGUGGCGGAGGCUUCUCCACCACUGGCUGCUGCGGUGGUGGCGAAGGAGGAGGAGGGAUCUGCGGGGUGGGAUGGGGCGGCGGAGUUGGGCGGUGGGAACGGCUGGUGGUGGUGGUGGGGGUGCGUGGAGGAGGAGAAGCUGUUAGGUUGGUUUCCCUUUGCGAACGAAGACUUCAACUAUUGCGAAGGCAGUGGAGGGGGAGAAUUAGGAGAUCUCUUGUGGGAAGAGGCGGACCAUGAUAUUUGGCAGCUGCAGCACAUAUACGAGAUCCCAAACACCACCAAACAAUAGCAGAAAGACGGGCUUUUUCGGUUCUUUCAGUAUGGAAUGUACGAGAUACACUGGGAAUGGGAUCCAAAUGGUCCAAGCUAGUGAGAAGAGUCGGCUCUGGGGAGGGAUUAAAGGAGCUUCCUUUAUUUGCCUAAGACGCCUUCUGCUGUCAGAAAACGGCGUGAUUUCAAGGUGAUGUUUCUUUGGUUUCUCUGUUCCUCUUCCUCCCAGUUGUUCAUGUCUCUUUCCUCGCUGAAGGGUGAAAGGUCGUUUUUCGGGUGCGAGAUGACCACAAUGUAGCUGCUGUAGUAUCUGGUACUUGGAAUGCUAUGUGAUACUUGUCCUACAACGGUGUAGUUUAAUGAGAUUUUGCCGACUUUGCU